AUGACUGAAACCAUUCUGGUGACAGGAGGCGCCGGCUUCAUCGGCUCGCACACCGUCGUUCAGCUCCUCAACCUCGGCAAACAUCUCGUCAUCGUCGACAACCUCUGCAACUCCUUCGAGGAAUCCCUUCAUAGAGCCCAGGCGCUCGCAGACAACCCGACCGGCUCUCUCGUCUUCCACAAGGUCGAUCUCCUCGACGGUAUCGCCCUCGAAGCCGUCUUCAAGCUCUAUAACUUCUCGGCCUGUAUUCAUUUCGCUGGCCUCAAGGCCGUCGGGGAGUCGUCCCAGAUCCCUCUCGGCUACUACCAGACCAACAUCACCGGUACCCUCAACCUCGUCCAGCUCCUCCAAAAAUACAACUGCCGGAACCUGAUCUUUUCUUCCUCAGCGACUGUCUAUGGACUCCCAACCUCGGAUGCUCCGCUCAAAGAGGAUGCCCCCACAGGAGCCAUGAACCCUUACGGUCGGACCAAGUUGUAUAUCGAGCAGAUCCUGGGGGACACAGCUGAGAGCGAAGCAGGACAAUGGAACAUCAUCCUGCUCCGAUAUUUUAACCCUGUCGGCGCACACGAGUCUGGCAGGAUUGGUGAAGAUCCUAACGGUACUCCCAACAACCUCAUGCCAUAUGUUGCGCAGGUCGCUAUCGGGCGCAGACCUAUCAUCAAUGUCUAUGGCAACGAUUACAACACCAGGGACGGCACCGGCGUUCGGGACUAUAUUCACAUCCAGGAUCUCGCACGAGGCCAUGUUGCAGCUUUGGCCAAGAUCGAGACGGUUCUGCGGUCUGAUACAUCCCUGGGGUGUGUCCCAUACAACCUCGGCACAGGAUCAGGAUACUCGGUCAAGGAGAUGAUUCACAGUAUGGGCAAGGCUGUAGGCCACGAUCUGCCAUUCAGAGUCAUUGGACGGCGGCCGGGCGAUGUGGCUAGUGUGAUUGCAGACCCAGGACUAGCAGCCAAGGAGUUGGGAUGGAAGGCAGAAAAGUCGUUGGAGGAUAUGUGUCAGGAUCUCUGGAGGUGGCAAACACUGAACCCAGAGGGCUACGCAACUUCCUCAACGACCACAUCUACCACCACACAUACACCACAAGUCAUCACAUUACCUACCAUUCCUGGAAAGCACACCAGCGUCGAUGGCCGUUCGACCCCACCUUUUCAACUCUCGUCGGCAUUCUCACCAGUUAAUUCGCCAGCACCUGAACCUGCUUUAAGAAAAACAGGGCGUACCGCCAUCUAA